AUGGUAGGACCACCACCUGGCUCGUCUGAUAUUGUUCGUCUUUGGAUUUAUUGUAUUAGUGGAGUUGCCACCGUUAUAUUUCUAAUGAUUAUGGUUUGUUACUAUGCAUUUCAUCAAGAAUGGUCGGAUAGAGCAGCAAGAAGACAAGCAACAGAAAAUCAACGUUCCCGACUUCUACAAUGGAAAGAACAAGUCAACUCUUUUCCCAACUUAUCUCAUCGACCUGCAAGCGACAUUCUAGCUGAGUUGAACAUUGGUCAACAUAAACCUUAA